GGGCAGACAGUCGUCCCGCAUCCGUCCCGCAUCCAUCCCGCACGGCAGCGCGGAUGAAACACCGGUCACCUUCAGGGCAGCAUCCCGGGAAAAGGCCCCGUGUUCCCGGCGCGGCCGCCGCCAGCUCCCCGGCCUCCGGGAUGGAGGACAAGGCGCCGUCCACCCCGCGGGAACUCACGCAGAACCCGCUGAAGAAGAUCUGGAUGCCGUAUAAAAAUGGCCUUCCAGAAAAACACAUCUCCCAGAGGAAGGUUUGUAUGACCAACUGUCCCACCCUGAUUGUGACAGUGGGCCUUCCUGCCAGGGGGAAGACCUACAUCUCCAAGAAACUCACCCGCUACCUGAACUGGAUCGGUGUUCCCACCAGAGAGUUCAAUGUGGGCCAGUACAGGAGAGAUUUUGUGAAGAUCUACAAAUCCUUUGAGUUCUUCCGUCCUGACAACGAGGAGGGCUUAAAGAUCAGGCGGCAAUGUGCCUCGGCAGCGCUGAAUGAUGUGCGACAGUACCUCACAGAAGAAGGAGGUCAAGUGGCGGUGUUUGAUGCAACAAACACCACCAGAGAGAGAAGAGAGACCAUCAUCCAGUUUGCAGAGCAGAAUGGAUUUAAGGUGUUCUUCGUAGAGUCUGUGUGUGAAGACCCAGAUGUCAUACAGGAGAACAUUGUGCAAGUGAAGCUGGAAAGCCCCGACUACACCAACUGUAACAAUGAGGAGGCCGUGGAGGAUUUCAUGAAGAGGAUCAAGUGUUAUGAAAACUCCUACGAGACACUGGAUGAAGUUCUGGACAGGGAUCUCUCCUACAUUAAAAUCAUGGAUGUGGGUCAGCGCUAUCUGGUGAACCGGGUGUUGGACCACAUCCAGAGCCGGAUCGUCUACUACCUCAUGAACAUCCACAUCACGCCGCGCUCCAUCUACCUGUGCCGCCACGGCGAGAGCGAGCUCAAUGUCAAGGGACGCAUCGGAGGAGACUCUGGCCUCACUACUGGAGGCAAGGAGUUUGCUAAGAAGCUGAACCAGUUCAUCCAGGCGCAGGGCAUCAGCGACCUGAAGGUGUGGACCAGUCAGAUGAAGAGAACCAUCCAGACAGCGGAGGCUCUCUGUGUGCCGUACGAACAGUGGAAGGUCCUGAACGAAAUCGAUGCAGGAGUGUGUGAGGAGAUGAUGUACGAGGAGAUCCAGGGGAACUUUCCUCUGGAGUUCGCCCUGAGGGAUCAGGACAAAUAUCGCUAUCGGUACCCGAAAGGAGAGUCCUAUGAGGACCUGGUGCAGCGGUUGGAGCCGGUCAUCAUGGAGCUGGAGCGGCAGGAGAACGUGCUGGUGGUCUGUCACCAAGCCGUCAUGCGGUGCUUAUUGGCAUAUUUCCUGGACAAGACUGCAGAGGAACUGCCGUACCUGAAGUGCCCGUUGCACACUGUGCUGAAGUUAACACCAGUGGCCUAUGGCUGUAAAGUGGAAUCCAUCAGCUUAAACAUUGAUGCAGUCAACACACACAGAGAAAGACCAGAGAACGUAGAGGUGUCGCGGAUGUCAGAGGAGGCUUUGCUAACAGUGCCAGCUCACCAAUGAGGCAGCACCCCCCCACCCCAAUGACCCCUUAUCCAACCCCUCACUCGUAUACCGUCAUUACGAACACUCUCCCCGUUUGACGCACAACGUACCUGCCAAAUGCAGAAAUCUCUCUCCUCCACCCUCUUCUGUUGGUGUAUUUUCCCUCCAUUUAUAUUUUUAAACGUGAUGAUGUUGGUAAUUGACUGGAAUCCAGUUUGUAAUAAUUGAUUAAUGAAUCCUACGACACGGAUCGUGUGUCAUGCACAUUCUCCCAUUUUUGGAGAAUGAAUGAAAAACCGAUUUUCUUCUCUUUUUUUAAAAACGGAUGCUGUAUCUGUGAAGCAUUGAAAUUCCAGCACCUUCUCCUGAAGCAUUGACUGUAUAAUUUUGUUUUGUCAUUGAUUCUGCCUGUUGAACUGAUUUAACAAAAUCACUUUUGUUUUUACCAGUGUCUCAUCACUUUAUUUCUGUUAGUCAGAAAACUCCAGUCUAAGUUUUACAGAUUUGCACACAGACAGAGUUGUGCUUUUUAUUUUGCACUUAAAAAUCAACUCUGUUUAGUUUGUUAGGAACUGUCCUCGAUCACAGUCUGUCUCUCGUCUAACACUGUCUAAUGAAGAUCCUGGAAAUACAGAAAUGCUUUGUUUUUAUUGUUUUGUUUUUUUGUUCAACAAUAUGAAGGUUAUUGCAGUACGUUCAUAUCUCUGAACAGAACGAAGACGAUACAUCUGUUUACUGUGUCUUAAUAAACUUCGCUCAAUCAAUCAUGUUUCCCAA